AGGAAAUUGAUUGUGCUCAUAUACAUAUUUAGAGAAAAGAAAUAGUGAAUUGAACAUCAACAUGAACGUUUCCAUGAAGAACUUUGUGCUGGUGCUCGCCGUUGGAUUCCUCUCAAUUGCUUCGGCAGCAGUGACUCCGACACAUCAUGAUAGUGACACCACACUUGCGGUGACACCUACUACCAAACCUCUUAAAGAAAGCAAACCAAGCCUUGAUGAAUCCGCGGCAGAUGUCCAUCACCUCGUGCAAGGUGAACCAUCAUUGAAGAUUGCUGCCCAUGCAUCAGCAGUCCCUGAACCCAGUGCAGAGCCCAUUCCAGAACCCAGUGCAGAACCAGUUCAUGAGCCAAACCUUGGAACAACUGUGUCUGAGGCCAACAAACCAGUCACUCUCAGCACUACAGCUGCAAAGCAUUCUUCAGAAGAAGAACACAAAGAAGGAUCCCAUGUAAAGCCGUCAUCCACCACUGCUGCAGUUUUGGCGGAUGUCAGUGAGCGCCAGAAGCGUCAAAUGGAGAAACAUGAAGAUUUGAAUGCCAAGGCUGCUCACCCUGACCCAAUGAAACCAGAGAAGCCCAGCAUGGCCAGCAAGCAACAAGACCAGCCACCAUCGACAUCUACACCAGCGCCAUCCACCAGCGCUAGAACAAACAAUGCACCUUCUCAAGCAGUUUCGGCUGGCCUAUUGAUCGCCUCCAUCUCAGUUGCUCUAGUCCUGUGAACGAAAUGAGUGUCAAUUCUGAAGUUUUGUCUAAUUAUUUUUAAUGAUCAGUGAGGAAUGGAAUACAAGUCAGAUGGGGUUGAUGAACGCCAGCAAAACAUUGGAGAAUUUCAUUGAAUGUGCAGAUCAGUUUUCCCACUUAUGACUCCAUACAUAUUGUAUACUGUAAGCGUCUUUCAGCAUGCAAUGUUGCGGAGGUUGAAUCAGAUUUGCGGCAGGAAAGGGCCAUCCUUGAACAGCGGUGUUAGUGGCAGUUACUUGACUUCGAGGUUUCUAAAUCAAAUUAGAAGGGC